AUGGUGAACAAGAACAGUCCUAGUAAGAAUGGGGGUAAUACGGGUAAGAAUGGUGGCACUGGUUAUAAAGGAGUCAGAAUGAGAAAAUGGGGAAAAUGGGUAUCUGAAAUCAGAGUAACAAAGAGCAGAGACAGGAUUUGGUUGGGUUCAUAUGAGACUGCUGAAAAAGCAGCUAAAGCUUAUGAUGCUGCUGUUUUCUGCAUGAGAGGAGGUGGUGUUGGAGAACUUUACAGCUUAAACUUUCCCCAAAAUCGAUCAGCAUUAGAGAUGUUGUUAUCAUCAUAUGGAUCUUCGUCAUCUUCGUCAUCCCCAACAGUAUCGGAUUCUUGUUAUCAUUUUCCAAAUUAUUUGACACGGUCACAAAUACAACUUAUGGCUUCAAAAUAUGCAAAUAGUACUAGUAGUGAUGUUGCAACAAUGGCAUCGGCGAUACCAAUUAAUUCACUUGUUAUACCUUGUGCAUUGCCUGCGGCGGAUGCAAAUUUAGCGUUUCCAACUAACUCACUUGAUAUGUCCUCUGCAUUGUCAAGUAAUUCACUUGAUAUGUCUUCUGCAUUGCCCGUAGAGAACGCAAAUUUGAUGCUUUUAUGUCAGGGAGAUAACGUUUUAGCACCAUCACCCAUGGAAGUGUCCGUGGUUGAAAAUUGGCAUGUCAAUAGCAAUAAUUGUAACAAUGGUUUGGGUUCUAAUCAAUUUUAUGGUCGAGAUUGUCAUGCAGGCAUGAAGAAAUAUUAUUCACCAGUGGUGGCGGCAAUUGAGGGCCAAGGAGGAAACGGAUUGCUAGAAGAUGCUAUUGCUCCUCAUGGUACUAGUGGUGGCGGCGAAGGUAGUGGGGACGACGUGUUUUGUCGGUUAUCGGCCCCGGAUGACCCAUAUUAUUGUUGGGCAUACUGA